AUUUUAUUUUUUUUAUUCCCGACCGAGAUGGCUAACUGCGCAGAAGUAAUUUAGGGCGCCGGCGGCAUGGGCGCGGCGUCGGGCGGCUGGCGCGCGCGCGUGGCGGCGUGCCGCGAGUCGCGCAAGCUGGUGUUGGUCAUCGUGGCCAUCGCACUGCUGCUAGACAACAUGCUGCUCACCACCGUGGUGCCGAUCAUCCCGGAGUUCCUGUACGACAUCCGGCACCCGGACGAGCCGCUGUCCAUGUCGCUGCAGGACCUCACCACCCCGGCCCCUCCGCCCACUCCUUUCUGCCCCUGCCUCAACCGGAGCAGUUCCACCGCGGAGGACUUCACCCAGCUCAACAUAACGGCAAAGAUGGAGGAGCGGCACAAGGAGUUGCUGCACGAGACGGUGGCGGUGGGCGUCAUGUUCGCGAGCAAGGCGUUGGUGCAGCUACUGGCCAACCCCUUCGUCGGUCCGCUGACCCACAGGAUCGGCUACAGCAUCCCAAUGUUCACCGGCUUCAUACUGAUGUUCCUGUCUACUCUGAUCUUCGCGUUCGGGCGCUCGUACAGCGUGUUGUUCGUGGCGCGCGCUCUGCAGGGUGUCGGCUCGUCGUGCUCGUCCGUGUCGGGGAUGGGCAUGCUGGCGGAGCGGUACCCCGACGACAAGGAGCGCGGCAACGCGAUGGGGCUGGCGUUGGGCGGGCUGGCGCUGGGCGUGCUCAUCGGGCCGCCCUUCGGUGGGCUGAUGUACGAGUUCGUGGGCAAGACGGCGCCGUUCCUGCUGCUCUCCGCACUGGCGCUCGGGGACGGACUGUUGCAGCUCAUGAUCCUGCAGCCGGGCGUGGUGCGCCAGGAGAGUGACCCGCCGUCGCUGCGCGCGCUGGUCUGCGACCCCUACAUCCUCGUGGCCGCGGGCGCCAUCACGUUCGCGAACGUGGGCAUCGCGAUGUUGGAGCCCAGCCUGCCAAUCUGGAUGGCGGACACCAUGCAGUCGCGGCGCUGGCAGCAGGGCGUGGCUUUCCUGCCCGCCAGCAUCUGCUACCUCAUCGGAACGAAUCUGUUUGGACCCCUCGGCCACAAGAUGGGACGCUGGCUCGCCGCCUGCGCAGGACUUGUCAUCAUCGGAGUCUGCCUCAUCUUGAUCCCCAUGGCGCGCAAGCUGGAGCACCUGAUCAUCCCUAACGCGGGGCUGGGCUUCGCCAUCGGCAUGGUGGACUCCAGCAUGAUGCCCGAGCUGGGCUACCUGGUGGACAUCCGCCACGCCGCCGUGUACGGCUCCGUGUACGCCAUCGGCGACACCGCCUUCUGCCUCGGCUACGCCGUCGGGCCGGCGUUCUCGGGCGCGCUGGUGAACAGCAUCGGCUUCGAGUGGAUGCUGGUCAUCAUCGCGCUGCUCAACUUCGCCUACGCGCCGCUGCUGCUGUUGCUGCGCGCGCCGCCCUCGCGCCCCGAGAAGCAGAGUCUGAUCAUCAGCGACCAGUCAGCGGUCCGCUACGUCAGCUACCAGAACGAGGACGAGGAAUAGAACCGCCCAUUUUGACAACGCCGCCAUCCUCCAUGUGAGACCCGCCCGAUUGUAACAUUUUAAAUUAAGCCAAGGUAUGAAGUGUAAACAGCUUGAAAUAUAAAACAAAGAAAAGAAAAAAAAAAUGUAGCGACGUCGAGGUGCCGUAGCUGUAACGAAACAUAUAUUUACGAGAUAAUGAAUAUAUCAUAUACAUAUACAAGUUUU